AUAGGAGAAGAAGGGCAGAGGGAGCGCCUCAGUCGAACUACAUUUCCCACAAUGCUCCUGGCUCAACUGCUCCCCGGCUCCGCCUGAGGCCCAGUGACCCUAGCCCGCCCCGAGACCCGAGUGGGUACGAGGGGUGGAGUGCGGGGCUUUGGCCUCUCGCUUUCGGCCCACGGUCGGAGACUCGGCCCUCUUCGCAAGCCCGCAGGCCUACCAGACCCGGCCUGCAGGAUACACCAUCCCAGCCAGGAACUAAUAUGGCCGCUGGAGCUGGAUCCAGGGCCAGAGGCGCGAGGGUGUGGAACUGCCUUAAAAACUGGGCCUCCCUUAGAUUGAAGCUGGAAGAAGAGGGGAAGGUUGACUGGAGUCUUUUGGUUGAGGAGCCACUGAUGUGCAUAAUACUUGAGGAUGGAGCCAAAUCAUUGUAGCCUGAGCAGCAUGACACAUCCUUGGAUUGAGGUGGAACAAAAAUUUGUCCCAAGGCCAGGAAUUGAGGAUCGGUUGAAGGAAUUGGGUGGCACUCAGGAGAGCCAGAUUUCUUUCCGUGAUAGCUACUAUGACACUCCAGAGCUCACCCUCAUGAAAGCUGACCACUGGCUCCGGUAUCGUGAAGGGAAUGGAUGGGAGCUCAAGUGCCCUGGAGCAGGAGGCAGCCCUGGCUCCCACACUAAGUACGUGGAGCUCACCGCAGAGGCCGCCAUAGCAGCUCGGUUGUGUGAGCAGCUGGGGUCUGGAGAACUGGGCAUUGAGACGGUUUCUGACAUGCUAGGGCAGCUGAAGCUGCAAGAAGUAGCCAGUUAUGUAACAGAUCGGAGCGUCUGGAAGCUGGCCCUCUCUGGAGCUGGUGAUGAAGAAGAGCCACUUACAGUAGAUCUAGACACAGCAGACUUCGGCUAUGCUGUGGGCGAAGUGGAGGCCUUAGUUCGAGAAGAGGCUGAGGUACCAGAAGCGCUGGAGAAGAUCCACAGUCUCAGCUCUUUGCUUGGUGUGUCAGAGCAGGAACAGACACCUGGCAAGUUGAUUGUAUACCUGAAGCGCUUCAGGCCUGAGGACUACCAGCGCCUAUUAGAAAAGACCACUGGGAAGAAUGACGAACAGGGCUCUGAAGCCACAGAGAAUUAAACAGCUUGUGAUGUGUGA